AACCAAACUAGUGAAGCCAAUCCAAGCGAUUCUCCGCAGUGCUGAAAGAGCAGCGAAGUAAAGGAGAAGGAAGAGGAGUGAGAGAGGAGGAGCAAAAGAGAGGAGAAAGAGGGGAGAUUUGGGGAAACACGAGUCAGAGGCAGAGUGGGUGUGUGGCGAGAGCAGCAGAUACACUAGGGUAAGGGAGAGAUAGGAGGGGAAGAAACUGCAAAUUUGGUGUUUGGCUUCUCAGCAAGCACAUCAUCUCAGCUGCACUGUUCAGUUCUUUGCUCUGCAGGAUGAGUUCGUUCAGCACGAGAGCGCUCACACUGCUCUCGUCGGUGUUUGGAGCUUGUGGGUUGCUGCUGGUGGGCGUUGCUGUAUCAACGGACUACUGGCUGCUGAUGGAGGAGGGAAUCGUUCUGCAGCAGAACCAAACCAUGGAGGUCAAGAUGGCGCUCCACUCCGGGCUCUGGAGAGUCUGUUUUGUUGCAGGACCUGAGAAGGGCAGAUGUGUUGCAUCGGAGUAUUUCACUGAACCAGAGAUAGAGAUCACAACAGAAAACACAGCCAACAUACUAAAAAUGGUCCGGACAGCCACACCGUUUCCCAUGGUCUCCCUGCUCUUUGUCUUCACCGCCUUUGUCAUUAGCAAUAUUGGUCACAUCCGGCCACAGCGCACCAUACUGGCCUUCGUGUCUGGGAUAUUCUUUAUACUAUCAGGUCUCAGUCUGGUGGUGGGUUUGGUUUUAUACAUUUCCAGUAUUAAUGACGAAGUGAUGAAUCGACCCAGAGAGCCAGAGCAGUUUUUUCACUACCACUACGGCUGGUCCUUUGCCUUCGCUGCCUCCUCCUUCCUGCUCAAAGAGGGUGCAGGAGUGAUGUCUGUCUACCUCUUUAUGAAGCGUUAUGCAGAGGAGGAGCUCUACCGCCCCCAUCCAGCACUCUACCGCCCCCGUAUGUCUGACUGCAGCGACUACAGUGGCCAGUUUCUUCAUCCAGACUCCUGGGCUCCACCACAGCGGGGCCGAAGUCCCUCUGAUGUCUCCUCUGACAUCUCCAUCCAGCUCAACCAGACCCCGCCGCCUCAGCAAACCCUAAAGGGCGGCAGUAGCUCCCAGGCAACGCCUUCUUCUUCCGGGCCUUCAUCAGCUGCCAGCUACCAGCUCCAUCCUGCGUCUUCCUCCUCCACCUCCUCCUCAUAUCCACACCCCCUUCACCCAGGUGCCACCUCUACCCUCACUAGGAUGCCACAUGUUCUCGCCCACUCGCAAUCACAUCCCCAUUCGAGCGGGCCCCCACCUCAGUCCCUGCCGAUGGUAGCACCUCCCUCUGCCGUGCCUCCUCCUCACUAUCACACACACACACGAAUGAGUGCCUCACCAUGCUAGGCUGAGUGAGCAUGGAGUGGGGUGGGGGGUGGGAUACAGCUGGGGUUGAUACACCAGAUGGGGGGGACAUGCCUAUGUUAUAGCUCUGAAGGCACUCACCAGAUGCACACAAACGCUAAUCCUGCUCCCUUAAAGUGUGUGGGAGGAGGGAUACAGCAGAGCAACUGAACGAAGGAGGUUAGAGGAGCAGAAAAGAAAAGGGGGAGAGGAGGAAAAAAAAGGAGGGAAGGAUGGAAGAAAAGCAGGUGGGCGAAAGGAUGAGUCACUGUAAUGAUGAGCCCGAGAUGAAGACAGACGCUUAACAAAACUUUAACAUGCUGGGAGGGAUCACGCGAUGGGAGGAGUGAGGAAUAUGAUGAUUAGUAGCAACAAGACACUCAUGGGGUUUUCUGAUGAAUACAUUCAUCAUCAUGAACUUGAUACAAAGGCAACAGCAUGAAGAACAAUUUAGGAAAGAAAAAAAAAUUACAACGCUGUGUAUUGUGGAAACAACAAUUGAGCAACACAAAAUGUAUAAUUUAAGCAUUUUAUUAUCUGAUUAACCAGAUAAGACUUAAUAUAUUUCCUUAUUUGCAAAAUUUUAUCUUUUCAUGAACAUGGUGGGAUAGUUUUCUGACCUGUAUAUUUCAUAAUAAAUGCUGGUGAAUAUUGUUUAACAUUUUCAUCCCCGGUAUUAAUCUCAGUUAUUUGGGACUCGAUCAUUCAUCAGCCCUGAACUGAGUCUUUCAUAUUCAAAACUCAUUAGUUUUAAAUAAAUAACCCAUUUUAUCAACAUUUAUUUUUCAGUAUACACUCUGUAAUAACUCACUCAGAACAGCAUCAAUGGCCUAACUCAAUUUUUGUGAGAAAUGUAACUGACAUAAAGUCACAGAGAUUAGACCUACAACAUUUAUGUUAAGAUGAGUUUUUUCUUGGUUAAUUUAGACACCCUUGAUCAGAGCCAUGAUUAUCUGAAAUAGGAUCAAUAUAUCCAUAACCUUUUUAAUAAAAAUGUUUGUAGUGAAAAACAUAUUUACCUAUCAACAAUAAAAUUGUCAUUUGAAAAUAUGAGAAGAGGUAUAAUUUUUUUUCUGUUUUGCUAAAUGUUGACAAUACUGCGUUCCCAGCAUCUUGAUAACAUAAAAGAAGAAAGUAAACAGGAUCUGCAUUGCUUUCACCUUUUGCCUUUGUGUCAUGACCUACCAAUACAGCUCAUUAUGUAGGGGUUAACUGUAUAUGCAUAGAGAGUUUUACGCCUGAUAGUUUCUUGUAUAGCUUCUUCUUCUAAAUUUUUUGCCAAAACAAGAAAAUCUAAACUUGUUGGGAGGUAGCAUUAAUGGACAUUUUUUUGUAUUUAAAGAAAAAAAAGUUUUGGAAAUGAAUGUGCUGCAAUUUCUGGAAUGAAGCUAAAUAUGUAACUCAGAGACUUUCUAUGGAUCUGAUUCUGGAUAGUUGAGGAACCUCUGUAGAAUCAAAGGUUUCAGUGAUUUGCAUGAAAUGUUCAAAUCACUAAUGGUAAAAUCGAGAUAAAGGACAUUUAACAAUCAUGACCCAACACAAACAGUUAAGCUAACCGUUUUAAGGACAUAUUAUGAUAAAUUGCAUUUGAAUGCAUUUGAGUGACAUUGUACUUCUCAGAUUGGUAGAUUUCAAUGAAAUUUCACUCACCCAGGUUUGACAAGAAGCAGAAAAUUUAUAGAAGAAAUGAAUAGAAUUACUCAAAGUGCACUUUGAGUAACUUAAACUUGUUGGGGAACAAACUGGAAACUUGUGUUUACUUCUUGUGGUGUUGUUUUACUAAUGUGACAACUACUAUAGUCAUACGUUUAAUGCUGAAAAGCAAUUCAAAAUCAGUGAAAAAGUUUUGCGGGUUAAAGAAGUGCAAAUAUGUGCUACUUUACAAUUCAAAUCCCACAUCUUAAUUUGUCUCCGAUCUGAAUUUAUCUUGUUUCACAGUAACUGCAGUGAUUGCUUGUUUUUGUAGCUGAGUAGCAAUCAUGCUUAAAAUAAGCCAUUGUUUUUAGCAUUUUUAGAUUUAUGGGGGAAAAACUAUAUGCUUACAAGCUGUGAUACUAUGAUAAAAAAGAAACAUGUAGCCAAUGCAGUUAAGAAUAUUUUAUUAUUCUUUGUUAUGUAGCUAUUAGAUAAGAAAUGAUUUAGCUGCUGAUAAGAAUUUUUGAAUACAUUUUGCAGAUGUAUUUUUUAUUUUGAACUGCUAAGAGUUGAGCAUCCAUGCUUAUGAAUACUCACAUGCGCACAUAAACAUGUCUAUUAAGCUGACUGUAAAAAUCUCUGCAAAAAUACCAACAAAGUGUUUUUGUUUUUUUUUUUUAAAAACUGCAGCGGAGAAAUGAAGCUUUAAAAAAAAUAUUUAUUUUAUUUUUACCUCUUUUGUUUAAAGCUUUAUUUUAUUUUUUUUCCCAAGCUGUGAUUUGGUCUAAAAAUUCACUCUGCAUCAUAAGUAUGCAAUCAGCGCAGGUUGAAUUAUGUAAGAGUUGGUGGACAUCUUGAGUCAGUUAUAUUAGACUCAAUUGAUACCUAGUGAAAACAAUAUUUAUUUAAAUGAGCUGCUUUAUUGCAUAACUUUAUUUUUGUCAUGCCUGAAAGUGUACCAUUUGCAGUGUUUUGUUAACUUUGAACUCAAUAAACUUUUGCCUGGCUCUAGA